AAAAAAAACAAAAAAAAACAAAAAGAGAAAAACAAAUCAACGUUCAUAAAAUUACGACAUCUGCAAAUUGCACCUAUUGCUUUUGGUUUUCCAACAAACCAGCCGUUCCAUCUCCCAGGUUCUCUCUCUCCAUUAAAUUCAUUCCAAAAUUUUUUUAAAAAAGAGACACCAUUUCUUCUCUGCUUCAAAACGCCACCGUUUCGCGUUCAUCGUCUUCUUCUUCUCCGCUUUUGAAACGCCGUCGUUUCGUCCUCGUCAUUUUCUUCUUCUUCUUCUUCACUUUUCUCUCUCAAAAACACACAGAAGAGAGAGGAGGGAGAAAGUAAUGGAGACAGAGCCUCUGCUUCCAUAUCUAAGCCCUAGAAGAAAACCACCGCCAUUACCACCACAGCUCUUCCCUCUCCCAGAACACGACGAAAUCACCCUCCCGUUGACGCCAUCGGAGCUCAAGGACCGCCUCAUCUUCGGCCCUUCCUCUUCUCCCCAAGAGUCCUCCCCAAUCGUCGACGCCCUAACUCUUUCUCUCUCCUCAAAGCCCUCCUCCUCCUCUUCUCCCUCCGACCGCCCCUCCACUCCCCGCGAUUCCGCCCAAUCAUGGCUUCUCGACCCCAACUACCCUCUCUUCUCCAAAACCAACCUCCACCGCUCCAAAACCGCCCCCGCCAUGGCCGUCCUCAACGAAAUCCACAACCGCCACGCCGAGCCCAGGCCCCAAUUCGUGUCACCAUCCAUCGUCAGGCAAAGUUUCGUUCUUCUAUUGGUUUAUUUGUCGUUUGGAGUCUUGAUUUACUCGUUCAAUAGGGAUGAUUUCGUCGCCAACGAGACUCACCCUGUCGUUGACGCUCUAUACUUUUGUAUUGUUACGAUGUGCACAAUUGGCUACGGUGAUAUUACUCCGAAUAGUACCACCACGAAGGUUUUUUCGAUUCUGUUUGUGUUGGUCGGCUUCGGGUUUGUUGAUAUUCUGCUUAGUGGGAUGGUUAGUUAUGUGUUGGAUUUGCAGGAGAGUUAUUUGCUUAGGGGCGUUAAGAAAGAUCAUGUGGGAGAGAAGAAAGAGCACAAGAAUUCUUAUAUAAUUGAUUGGAAGAAGGGGAGGAUGAGGAUUAGGAUGAAGGUGGGAUUGGCAUUGGGGGUGGUGGUGCUUUGCAUUGGUUUGGGAGUUGGGGUUAUGCAUUUUGUCGAGAGGCUUGGGUGGUUGGACUCGUUUUAUUUGUCGGUUAUGUCGGUUACGACUGUUGGGUACGGUGAUCGGGCGUUUAAGUCGAUGCCCGGCAGGAUUUUUGCCUCCAUUUGGCUGCUCGUGUCGACGCUGGCGGUCGCUCGGGCUUUUCUGUACUUGGCCGAGGCGAGGGUGGACAAACGGCAUAGGAAGAUGGCGAAGUGGAUUCUUGGUCAGGACAUGACUGUGGCUGAGUUUCUGGCUGCUGAUAUUGAUAAUAAUGGUUUUGUGAGCAAAUCGGAAUAUGUCAUAUACAAACUGAAGGAGAUGGGAAAGAUAUCAGAGAAAGAUAUUAUGCUGAUCUGCAAUAAGUUUGACAUGCUAGAUACCGGAAACUGUGGAAAGAUAACUCUUGCAGAUCUAAUGGAGACUAAUCAAAGUGAAAGUCGAGAUUCUGGCAUUGUCAGUUCAGCCUAACACUGCAAGCCUGAAAAAAGCGUCAUGGUUUUAUAAGUUGCUUAAAUGAAAAAAAAAAAAAAAAAAAAAAUCAAUUUACCAAUGAAGGUUGGCGGAAUCCACACCUGAAAUUUAUUGCAAAUUGUGAUUGUUUCUGGAAUGGUAAGGCAGCUUUACGGAAUGAGAGAAUUUUAUUAUCAAGAUUUUGAUGAUUUUGUACAAAGUUUUGUCGAUAUAGGGCUCGGAUUCAUCCUUCUGCAGAGAAUUGUUGAUAAAUCCCCAAUAUGUUAGUUUGAUAGUAUUUGCAUAUUUCUGUCUACGAGUACGUGUGGCUUCUAAUGUAAAUGACUGUAAAUGUUUAUAAAUUAUGGUGAAGCCACUGACUAGAUCACGUCUAUUCAGGGUUUAUUUUAUUUUU